AUGGCUGAAGUUGCCAAAGAAAUAUUAAGAGAUUUAUUAAAGGAAAGAUAUUUAAAAGAAACAGGUAGAGAAUGGGAGAAUAAUAGUUUUACUGGUGUUAGAUAUCUAAUUCAAAAACAACCAAUAAAUAAAGACUCUUUUGAAAUUGGUAGAAAAUUAAUGAAAGAGUACUUAACAGUAUUAAAACCCACCUUUAAUGGUGAUAUUGAAAUUGAUUUUUUAGUUGACACACUUCAAAUACCAAAAGAUCAACAACAACAAGAAAAUUGUGAUAGAGAAGCAUUGCAAUUGAAAGAGGAUGGAAAUUACUUUUAUGGUAAAUGUGAUUAUAAUAAAGCAGAAGUAAUGUAUAAUGAAGGUUUGAAAAUUCGUGGUAUUUCAAUGUACAUUAAAUCAAUACUUAGUUUAAAUUUAUCAACCUGUUUAUUGGCACAUUACAAUUUCCUUGCAAAAUAUGGUAAUUCCGAUGGAGAUCUUUUAUCAUUGGCACUUGGCCAUUCAAAAAAUGCAUGUUCAUGUAGACCAAUGUGGGUUAAAGCAUAUGUCAAAGCUGCUCAAAUUUUAAAAAUUCAAGGUGAAUUAUUACAAAGUUUUGAAAUGUUUCAAUCUGCAUUAUUAAUUAAUUUAAUAACAAAAGAAGAAAGAACAAGUGUUGAAAAAGAAUGUUGGGAUAUUGCUGGUGAAUUAAAAUUAAGAAUUGAUUCUCUUAGACACCAUGAUCGUAAUUCAACUGAUAAAAUUACUGAAAUAAAUACCACCACAACAACCACCGCCACUUCCCCUACUACUACCAGUACCACUACCACUACCACUACCACUACUACUACUACUCCAACAGAAACAGAGGGAACUACAACUACAACAUCACCAAUAAGAGAUAUUUUAAAAGAAGUUAAAAAAUAUAUUGAACAGAAUCCAUUAGGGGAGAAAUUUCCAAAGGUUUUAAUAAAGAGUGAUCAAGAUUUAUUAAAAGCAUUUGAUAAACAAUCAUUACAAGAACAAUCAAAAAUAACUGGAUUAUCAUUUGAACAUAUUUCAAAGUUAUCAUUUUGUAAUAUGGGAUAUUCUUUGAUGCUUCAAUCAAAAUUUAGAGAAGCCUUGCCAUACUUUUAUGCAUCUAAAUCAUUUUCAGGUUCAUUAUUUCAAAUGGGUCAUAUUUUUCAAAGCUCAUUAGGUAAUGCUGUACCAAAAGAUGAAAAAUUAGCAUUAUCAUUAUUUUAUCAAUCUGCACUUCAAAAUGAUAAAUUCCAAGUUCCAAAUCUUCAAAACAUUAAAGAUCCAAUAAAGUUAACUUAUUAUCAAAAGAAUAUGAUGGUACCAGAAUCUGCUUAUCAUGUCGGUAUAAUGUUUCAACGUGGUAUAUAUGGUGUUCAAAUUGAUUUUGAGAAAACUUUAUUUUUCUAUAAAAUAGCUGCUGAUUUUAAUCAUUUAAAUGCAUGUAAUAAUUAUGGUUCUCUAUUGUAUCAAGGAAUAUUAGGUCCUGGAAAAACUAAUAAAGAUCUUGGUUUAGAAUACAUUAAAAAAGGUGCAGAUUUAGGUGAUGAAAAUUGUAUUGAAAAGUACUCUCAACUUACAACAUCCAAAGAACAUGCAAAUUCAGUUAGUUUAAAGGAUCAUCUUUUAAAAUUUUCUAGAUGGUUAUUUAAUGAAUUUCAAUCAAUUGAACAAUUAAAUUUAAAUAAAAAGUAUGCAAUAAUACUAGAAGAAAUAGUUAAAUUUAAAGAACAAUCAUCAUCUUCUUCUUCUGCCUCUUCUUCUACUUCUGCCUCUUCUUUUUCACCAUUAUCAUUUUCAUUUCCUUCUUCUUCUACUUCUUCUCGAAAUCAAUUAAAAACAAAACAAUUGGAAAGAAUUUUAAAAACAUUAGAUUACACUAAUAAAUUUAUUGAUGGUUUCAAAUCAGUUACUUCAAAUCAAUCAAUAACAAUAAAUGAAAAAUUAAAAUUGGUUUCAAAUUUAUCAAUGGCCUAUCAAACGGAAUUAAAUUUUGUUUGUUUACCAGGUUUACUUCAUGGACAAACUAUUGAAUUAAUUAAUCAAUUAUUAAAAGUCCGUCCAAAUAAUAAACAUUUAAUAGUUUGUUUUAUUGGCUUACAUUUAUUAAAACCAACAAAAUAUAAAAAAUGUUUGGAAUUAAUCAACUCUUUAAAGAAUGAAUGUAAAAUUAUUACUGAAUUAGAGGACAACAUUGAUUUAAGUAAACUAGAUUUAAAUUCAACCUCAAAUUCAACCUUGACAUAUGAUUUAAAUUUUUUAAAAAGUAUGAUUCAUUUAUUGAUGGGUGAUUUUAAAUUAGGUUUAGAAACAUUAGAUUUAUGUAUUGAAGAUAGUGGUGCUGGUGCUGGUGUUGGUGUAGUUAAUGAAUAUUUCUAUUUCUAUAAAGCAUUUGCAUUGGAUUGUUUAAAUCAUUUAGAAACAAAUAUUGAAACAAAAUAUUCAUCAGAAUCAUUUUAUUUAAAAUAUUUAAGUAAUGCUCCACUAGAUGGAUUCAGAGUACCAGAUGCACUCUUAAGACUAUCAAUAAUCAACUCUGAAAAAAAUAAAAAAAUUAAUUCAUUAGAAUUCCUUCAAAAAUUUAAAGAAUAUAAGAAAUUACCAAUCAAUGAUUUGGUUAAUUUUAACCAUUAUAUUUUUUCAUCUGCAGAAUUUGAUAAACAAAUGAUAUUCCAACAAAAUUUAAUCUCAAAAAUUACUCCAUAA